AUGGUGGGACUGCGAAACUGCUCUACAUGGGAACCAUUGCUACUCAAGGCGUCCUCCAUCAAGUCCUGUGCCAAUGGCUGCUCCUUGGGCAUUACCGCACAGCUUACCUAUGCCAAUGCUGACAUAGAGUCUGUAGAAGGUGUGUUUGUGUACCCUCUCGGGGAAAAGGAAGUUGUGGUGGGCUUUGAGGCUGUGAUUGCGGGCCGCUUGGUUGGGGUCCAGAUUCAGAGCCGAGGGAAAUUGAAGGACUGCUGUUUGGAUUGCUGCCCUGGAUCUGGUCUUGAAGGCCAAUGUGGGAAUGGCCGUGAGUGGGGCUGUUGUGGGAGCUCCAGCCUCGACAUACAAUGCACCAACGGACAUCUCAUCCUGGACGAAGACCUUGAAAGAACCACUUUCAUCAUUGGCACAGGCGUCAUUGGUCCCAUGGAUAUAGUGUCUGUUGUCAUAAGCACCACACUAGAACUCCCCACAUUAGAAAAUGGAGCAAUCCGCAUCGUCUACCCCUCAUUGCUUACUCCAAUCGUCACUGGUCAGAUGACUUCAAGCAAGAGUGAAAACGGGGGGAAAUCUGAAGAAAAUGGACCGACCAGCUGUUUCGGUGCCACCUCAGGAAAACAAGACCGGGCCCUAGACUCUGAGCAGCAGUGUGCCCAUGCCAUCUUCACCAGUCCAGCUGCCAACCUGGCACCUUAUGAACUCAACUUCCAGCUGCUGGUCAGGGGGGCCUGUCUACUGGCUGGCCUGGAGAGCCCCACUCACGCCCUGAGGGCAGAUGCAGACCCCAGUGCCCAAAGUGCCUCUGCUACCUAUAUCACCUUGGCACAGGAGCAUCCAUAUGACAGACACAUAGAGAUCGUUCUGCACCUCAGUGAACCUCACACCCCACUGGUCAUAUUAGAGAGAGGCAGGCUCUCUUUCAGCCAGUAUGAACAGCAGAUAUGUUCCCGCCGUGAUUUCAUUCGCUGCACUCGUAAAGAUUCAGAACCUGAGAGAAAGCUGGAGUUUGUGAGGAAGCGAUACCACAAGGACAUUCUGAACAGCCCUGUCUUGAUGCUCAACUUCUGUCCUGACUUGCUGUGUGAACCUCUGGAGCUGCACAAAGCAACCAGAGAACUGCUGUUCCUUGUGGAUCGCAGUGGCAGCAUGAGUGGCACCAACAUUCAGCGUGUAAAGGAAGCCAUGGUGGUGGCACUGAAGAGUCUCCCUUCCGGCACUAUGGUCAACAUUGUGGGCUUCGGCACCACCAUCAAGCCUCUGUUCACCUCAAGCAAGCUCUGCACUGAUGUUACUCUAAUGCAGGCGUACGAGUACAUCCAGAGGAUGAGAGCUGACAUGCGAGGCACCAACCUGCUGGGGGCGCUGUCAUGGGUGUACCAACAGCCCAUGCAGCGGUCAUAUCCUCGCCAGGUCUUCAUUAUCACAGAUGGAUCCAUCAGCAAUGUGGCUAAAGUGCUGGAGCUGGUCCGCAGAAACACAUGCGCUGGCAGAUGCUUUGGCCUGGGCCUUGGUCCCCGAGCCUGCAGGAGACUCUUGCAGGGCGUUGCCAAACUGACAGGAGGGACUACACAGUUCUUAGAUGAUGAGGAGAGACUCCAGCCCAAGUUAAUCAAGUCUCUGAAAAAGGCCUUUGAGCCCGUGCUGACUGAUGUACGGAUUGACUGGUACCUGCCAGAAAACAUGGAGGCUUUUCUUUCACCCAAUGAAAUCCCUCCACUCUAUCCUGGGAAUCGUCUAAUUGGAUAUUGCACCCUAUACGAUAUGACGAAUUUCAAAGCAAAAAAGACAGAGUCUCAAGGACGGGGCUACAAAGGUGUACAUCGUGGCUCCACAGGUUCAGUUUUUGGCCACUCAAAUGAUGAGCUUUCACCUCCUCCUGCCUCUGAGUUAAUGCCUGUGGUGACAUGUGCAGAUGGCACCGACUUGGAAGAGGCACUGAAAGAGAUUUCCAGAGAAAUCUCCUCUGAGUUCUCCUGUGCCAGAGACACAGACCCUGGCACCAGCCCAGGUGUGGAGAUAGACUGGUCCAGUGACGUGAGGAGGAGGAUCCAGGAGAGCUCAUAUAUCCAGGAGCAGUACGUCCUUACUCGCUGCUCCCUCAGCAGUGAGCGGAGUCUACAAACACAGUCUCACUCACACAUACAUGCCUCGUCCAACUCUGAUUCUGCAGGUGGGGUCUUUCUGCCUGACCCUCACUCCUCUGGUUCAGUGCUGGAUACAGGGUCUCUACCCCAAGGUCUUGAAAAGAUGCCCCCUCCAGAACAGAGAUCAUCCCUGUCUCGCUGGGCAGACCCUGCAUGGCAACAAAACCUCUCAGUGGAGACCCCUGACAACGGGGCAGAAAAGAGUGUGCGUCUGGAUGGAGGUGAAGAGUGUCGUAGGAGACAUAAAGCUCUGGCCCGUUCAACCAUGGCAGCCCGGAGUUUCUCAUCCCCUCAGGGCGAACUGGAGAUGCAUCGCCUGAGGAGAGCUCUAGAGAGGGUCUCCUUUGACCAAACGCUGGGAGGGAGGCUGGACGAAAGCGAUGGGGAGACAAAGCCCCCAUCAGGAGGGACUCUGUCCCACAGGAGCCUCACUGACUCCAAUGGACUCUUGUUCCCCGCAUCUCCUCUGGACUGGGACAGCUUCACAGACCCAGAGUACCUCUUCACUGCUGUUCCACCAGAGGAUCCCCCACCGGGCCAGUGCCGCUCGCUCAUUCAUGGCCUGUUGAGCGGCAGACCUGUGUCCUGGGAGGUCACUGUGGACCUGGGGCACCUCUGGACCCCUGAGGGCCAGGAGAUACCAGGAGUUGAGGGAUGUGGAGGAAGAGGAGGAGGAGGAGAAGAAGGAAGAGGAGGGGAACCAUGGGAGGAGAUCAUUCAUCAACUAACUGCUCGCUCUGUUAUAAGGGACUUUGAGAAACUGGCAGAGAAGGAGAGUGACAUUGGACAUGGGAUGCAUUUGAAGAACAGGCGGAGUUCCCAGUCAGACAGUCGCAGGCAGCGGGCUUAUUCUGUCGGUUUGGGCAGACGGCGCACCAGUAGAGACAGUGAAGAGAUGGAGGACACCUUUAACUCUACAGACAGAGAUGACACUCCUGCCUCACCCUGUAGCCUUACAUCCUGGGACUCUAGUGUAGGGGGCAGUGCGUACUCUGCUACAGCCCCAGCAAUAACAGCCGCCUCGUGCACUCGUUCACAGCGAUCUAUUGAGAGCAAAUCAAUGGAGAGCUUCUUUGGCACCAGAUUUCCACUGGGGAGACUCAGGUCCUCUAUUUCAUCUGGAAAGCAGGUUCCUCUCAAAUCCCACUGUCUGUCUGCAGAGACCGAGAAACAACCUGAAACUGAAGCUCCAGACUACCUGCCCCUGGUGCGUCUGCAGCUGGCAUCAGGAGCUUUUCUUCUGACAGAGGUCUACUCUGACUGUGUCCAGAUCCCUUUGGACCGCCUGAAGAGGGCUUCACCCUACAGCCUCCACCGCCGCAGCCUCAGCCCACCCUUCCGCUGCAUAUCUCCCAGUGCUCCAUCUUUAUCCACCUCUACUAAGCUUCGCCGAAGACAUCUGCCCGACCGAGAUCCAGUCACCUCUCCCCCUGACCUUCCCAGCUCUGAGGAGGGCUCCCUGGAGCUAUCUGUUGGCCCCUCUCCGAGCCAGAGCCACGGCCAGGCAGAUAGCGGUCGUGGAUCAGAAACGGAUGUAUGUGAAGGCUCUUCAGGAGAGCCAGCUGACCUCCAGGGGAGCAGCAAGUUGGCUCAAGAGGACCUAGAGGGCUCGAGCUGGGCCACAGCUGUGGCUCUAGCCUGGCUUGAGCACCGUUGUGCCGGCUACUUCAUGGAGUGGGAGCUGGUGGCAGCAAAAGCAGACUUCUGGCUGCGCUGUCAGGAGCUGCCUGAGGGAGUGGACCUGGCAGGGCUAAAGGGAGCCGCCAGGCAGCUGUUCCUGCUGCUGCGCCACUGGGAUGAGAACAUCAAACUAAACAUGCUGUGUUAUAACCCCAAUAAUAUGUGA